CCCUAGGGGAGGACGUGGCCGGGUUGGGCCUCCAGCGAGGCGGAGACCGGCCCGGGCGCCCGCAGCUCUGCGCAGUGCGCCACGCCUUCUGCCGGCACCCGCGGCCCUGCACUCCGGUAGACUUCAUGGCGCUUAGUCGCGCGGAGCCUUUUGGAGAACGCUGUCCGGGGGUUCCUGUCACUCCGAGGACCUAGGCUGCUUGCAGCUCCUGUUCCGAACCCUGCCAGGACAUCCACAAUAGUGUUGGGCUCCGCGCUUCCCAGGCGACGUGAUUAAGCCAAGAUCUCUGUAGAAACAUCGUUUCCAUCCAGCCAUCAACAGUAUUUUUUUUUUUUUUUCGAGACGGAGUCUUGCUCUGUUGGCCAGGCUGGAGUGCAGUGGCAUGAUCUCGGCUCACUGCAACCUCCGUCUCCCGGACUAAAGCAAUUAUCCUUCCUCACCCUUCCGAGUAGCUGGAAUUACAGGUGUCAAGCUAGGGAUGCGGUCCAUUCCCAUUGCCACUGCUUGCACCAUUUACCAUAAGUUCUUUUGCGAGACCAACCUGGAUGCCUAUGACCCUUACCUGAUUGCCAUGUCUUCAAUUUACUUGGCCGGCAAAGUGGAAGAGCAGCACCUGCGGACUCGUGACAUCAUCAAUGUGUCCAACAGGUACUUUAACCCAAGCGGUGAGCCCCUGGAAUUGGACUCCCACUUCUGGGAGCUCCGGGACAGCAUCGUUCAGUGUGAGCUUCUCAUGCUGAGAGUUCUGCGCUUCCAGGUCUCCUUCCAGCAUCCACACAAGUACCUGCUCCACUACCUGGUUUCCCUCAAGAACUGGCUGAACCGCCACAGCUGGCAGCGGACCCCUGUUGCCGUCACUGCCUGGGCCCUGCUGCGGGACAGCUACCACGGGGCGCUGUGCCUCCGCUUCCAGGCCCAGCACAUCGCCGUGGCGGUGCUCUACCUGGCCCUGCAGGUCUACGGAGUUGAGGUGCCCGCCGAGGUCGAGGCUGAGAAGGCGUGGUGGCAGGUGUUUAAUGACGACCUUACCAAGCCAAUCAUUGAUAAUAUUGUGUCUGAUCUCAUUCAGAUUUAUACCAUGGACACAGAGAUCCCCUAAGGUCCUGGCCCAGGCCUGCCCAAAGAGAAGCCCAGGAUGGUCGGCUGCCUGGGUACAUUGUCACCAUGUCGCCAUGACGGCUGGUCCCCACAGGACCAGCUGGGAGGACUGGUUGUGCUGCUGGAGAAGUGCUGGAGAAGGCGAUGGCUUGCUGCCGCUUUGCCAGUCCCUAGCAGUCGCGGUGCAGGUGAUGGUGGGAGCCGCGCCUCCAGCGGGCAGGCCGGGAGUGUACUGUGUGCAUCUGACCCAAGGCAGCCACAUCUGCGUUUGUCCUUUGAGAGGACUUUGACUACAAUACAGGCAUGACAUCAAUGAAAGGAAAGUCAUGAAAUCGAUGAGACUGAAUCCCUAUGGAUUUCUUAAAAGCCAGAUUUGUAGGGAGAAUGAAUGUGCAACGUGGCUGAAAUCUAUUUUGUGUAAUAAAAGGUGAUACAAGUCAA